UUCAGUCAGCCCAAUGGCCGGCCUUCCUGGCCGUGACCACUCCCGCGGGCUGGCUUCCCUGCACACCCACAAACAGCCCGGCCUCAGGAGUCUGCCUGCAUUCCUGUGAACACUGGGUGCUGCUCCCUACUUCUCAGAAGGCAAGCUCUCUUGGAGGAGCUGGAAAGGCUGUGAACAUGUCACAUUGUGCCUCCUGCCUGAAGUGGGCUUCCAGCCUGGCUCAGCUCAAAGACUGCUUGCUUUAUGAGACCAAGUUCAAAUGUCGUCUCCUCUGGGAAGCCUUCUGGGAGUUCGCACGGCAGUGUCACCGACUCUGGCCAUGCUGGCCCCGUUGCUGCUGUGUGCCUACCUGCUCCUGGCGGCCCCAGCCUCGCGCGCCUGGCCUGGCGUGGACCCGGAGGAGCCCGGCUCCAGCACCGCGGCGCAGAUCCGCGACAUGCACGAGAAAGUGACGGCCAUCUGGCAGGAGCUGACGCAGCGACAGGCGGCGGCCGACGGCCAGGACCCCGCGCUCCACGCCACCUGCCGGGUGGAGCCGUCGGCCACGCUGGACACCGCGCAGCCACGGGUGAGCGGCCUCGUGCUCUUCCGGCAGCUGGCGCCCGGCGCCCGGCUCGAGGCCUACUUCGACCUGGAGGGCUUCCCGGCCGAGGCCAACAGCUCCGGCCGAGCCAUCCACGUGCACCAGUUCGGGGACCUGAGCCAGGGCUGCGAGUCCACCGGCGCGCACUACAACCCGCUGGCCGUGCCGCAUCCGCAGCACCCGGGCGACUUCGGCAACUUCGCGGUGCGCGACGGCCGCCUCUUCAAGUACCGCGGCAACCUAGCUGCCUCGCUCGCCGGCCCGCACUCCAUCGUGGGCCGCGCCGUGGUGGUGCACGCGGGCGAGGACGAUCUGGGCCGCGGCGGCAACCCGGCCAGCGUGGAGAACGGCAACGCGGGCCGCCGGCUCGCCUGCUGCGUAGUGGGCUUGAGCGGGCCGCUGCCCUGGGCGCGCCUAGCGCAGGAGCACGCGGAGCGCAAGAAGCGGCGGCGGGAGAGCGAGUGCAAGACCGCCUGAGAGCGCCCCUCCACCUGCCGGGGUCACAGGGAUCGCCCCCCCCUCCCGUGUCCCCCGACGCCCUUCCCCUCCGUGCACGCCCCAGACCUGUCCCCUGCCUGCCGCGAGUCUCUCCCUCUGCUCCCAGAGACACCCAUGGGCCGGGUCCCAGGGCUGCCAUGGCUGAGGUCUCCCGGAAAAUCCCCUCUACCCCGACACCUCCAACCACGUAUGCGGAGACAUCCCUCUGCCUCCAGGAGGCAGCCCCCGCCCUCUGAGACCACUCAUCUUGAGCUCUGAGGGCCCGUGGAGGUAUUGAAAUACCCCAUCUACCCUCCCAGACACCGCCCUCCCCCCACUCCGAGGUUCCUUCCCACUCUGACACCCCUACUCUCAUUCCAGGAGCCCUGAAAUCCCUCUUUGCCGCGAGGACUUAGCUCUUCCCACCCUGUCGAUUCCUUCUAGGAGCUCUGAGACCCCUCCUGGGGUUAUCCAUACCAUGCCCGCCUCGCCGCCUGUCGUGCACUAUGCCAGCAAAUGAGCCUGCGGUUAGGCACCCCUGCCUGGUGUGGUCUCAGCUGUCUGUCGCUCGCCCACUGCCACCCCGCAGAGAGUUGCUCCUUUGGGGGCUGUUUGGCAAUCUUUGUGUUCGCAUUAAAACUCAGCAAUUCAGAGUUGCA